GGCCAAGCGAAGUAACUGUUCAACAUGGCUGCCGCGUAAGAGGGGCUUGCGGGAGUGUUUCAAAGAUUUGCGUCGAUCUCGUAUUUCCGAAAAUGGCCAUGUCAAAUCUUUAUUCGAAAAUAUCAACGAAGCCUAUAAAAAGAUUCCAAGAGAAUAUAUCUCAAACAAAUGCAUGGGUUAACGCAGAAGCAAUCAACAAUGGUGGCGGUUUGUCUCUGUCACCACCCCACAGUGUAUCACAACGGGAAACAAUGCAGAUUACUCAGCCAGCUAGUGCUCCAACAUCACCUCUUGCUUCUCCAAACCUGAUCAGCACAACUUUCACACUUUCGUGCCCCAGCCAGUCAACUGUAGAUCCUAACUGGCAAGCAUCAAAAUCAACUGUUCGUGAACGAAAUGCAGCUAUGUUCAAUAAUGAACUCAUGGCUGAUAUACGUUUCAUCGUUGGAAGUCCAGGACACACACAGUCUAUACCAGCACACAAAUAUGUAUUGGCCACAGGAAGUUCUGUAUUUUAUGCCAUGUUCUAUGGUGGUUUAGCAGAAAAUAAGGAUGAAAUUGAAGUUCCUGAUGUGGAACCAUCAGCAUUUCUUACACUUUUAAAGUAUCUCUACUGUGAUGAAAUUCAGUUAGAAGCUGACACUGUGUUAGCUACAUUAUAUGUAGCAAAAAAAUAUAUAGUUCCUCAUUUGGCACGGGCAUGUGUAAAUUAUUUGGAAACAAGCCUCACUGCAAAAAAUGCAUGUCUGUUACUCAGUCAAUCACGGCUUUUUGAGGAACCAGAGCUGAUGCAGAGAUGCUGGGAAGUUAUUGAUGCUCAGGCUGAAAUGGCUCUCCGAUCUGAAGGCUUUGUGGAUAUAGACAUUCAUACACUGGAGUCUGUAUUAGCAAGAGAAACACUUAAUUGCAAGGAGAUGCAUCUCUUUGAAGCAGCUCUUAACUGGGCUACUGCAGAAUGUACUCGACUAGAUUUGGAACCAACUCCACAAAAUAAAAGAACAGUGUUGGGCAAUGCAUUGUAUUUAGUUCGUAUACCCACAAUGAGUCUUGAAGAGUUUGCUAAUGGUGCAGCACAGUUGGGAAUACUCACAUUACAGGAGACAAUUGAUAUAUUUUUACACUUUACUGCUCAUAAAAAACCGCAGCUUAGUUAUCCAACAAAACCAAGAGCAGGACUUAAGCCACAGGUAUGUCAUCGCUUCCAGUCUUGUGCUUAUCGCAGUAACCAGUGGAGAUAUAGGGGACGCUGUGACAGCAUUCAAUUCAGUGUGGAUAAGAGGAUAUUUGUUGUCGGUUUUGGACUUUACGGCUCAUCUGGAGGUGCUUCGGACUAUAAUGUGAAGAUUGAGCUAAAACGGUUAGGUCGUGUUAUGGCUGAAAAUAACACAAAAUUCUUUUCUGAUGGUUCAAGCAAUACGUUUCAUGUAUAUUUUGAACACCCUAUACAGAUUGAACCAGAAUCGUACUACACAGCUUCUGCAAUUUUAGAUGGAGGCGAAUUAAGUUAUUUUGGCCAAGAAGGAAUGAGUGAAGUGACGGUAGGCUGUGUGACAUUUCAGUUUCAGUGUUCCUCUGAAAGUACUAAUGGAACAGGAGUGCAGGGAGGACAGAUACCAGAACUUAUAUUUUAUGGGCCUUCAUCAGCUGACGAACAUUAGUAUGUAACAUUUAUCGCUUCUCUGACUUUGUACAGCUCUGUACGAGGUUACUUUUUAAUGAGGUGUAGCAUGAAAAUCCCAAAACUUUUUUCCCUGCAUUCCGGCAAUAUACAUAUUUGGAAUGUAGGAGAAGAAUUUUUGGCACAUGCAUACACACAAGUCAAUAUUCUUCCUUUGUAAAUACAUAUAAAAUAUACUGUCUCAUUUAUUUCACUGUUGUGACCAUGAGUGAAUAAGUAAAAUAAUUUAUUUGUCUUUGGAGUUUUUCUUUGUAUUUAUUCUAAGUCUCUAAAGGAAGGUAGCAAGGCACGAGUGCAAAAAUGCGUAAUAAUGUUACUGAAUAGUUCAGUAUUAUGACAAUGUACCUAUUGUUGGAAUAAAAAAAACAUAUUUGGA